CGAGCUGGGAGAAGCUGGAUCCUUUCAAGCACCCACAUUGCCCCAUUCCCAUCUUCUAGGGCUCGAGGCGGCGAUGGAGGUGCGCUUCGUGUUCCUCCUCUUCCUUUGUGUUCUUCGGGCAUCGCAGGCCGCGCGCUACACCGUCGGCGACUCGGAUGGAUGGAAGCCCGAUGUCAACUACACGAGCUGGGCGCUCAAGCAGAAGUUCUACCCCGGCGAUUACCUCGUAUUCAACUAUCCCGAGGGCCAGGAUACUGUUCUCGAGGUGAAUCGCGCGGGCUAUGAGAGCUGCGCCUCCAGCAACCCGAUCAAUCACCACAACGAUGGCAAAUCGGUGCUGCGCCUUACGCGCCCGGGCACGCACUACUACAUCUCCGGCACCGCGGAUCACUGCGCCAAGGGCCAGAAGUUUAGCAUCCUGGUGAUCAGCCUUAGCGGCGGCGCGCCAACGCCCAGUUCUUCCGCGAGUCCUCCCGAGCCAUCAGCGGUGCCGCCUCUCAAAGCCAACUCUUCCCCCUCGAAUUCUUCCGCGCCCUCCACCAUGACCGCGAGCAAGAACACGGCGUCUCGAUCGAAAGCCUCCAUUGUCACAGUCGCAUCGUCUAUUGGGCUCGUGGUUUUCCGUUUGCUCAUAUCGCCGUGACCGUUGACUUGACCGGAUAGAAUAUCCAAGUAAAAGUUGAAUUUAAAGGUCUUGUGUUCGAUCCCGCC